GCUGUCAGCGUGGAUAUAUAAGAAGAGCCUUGCUACUCUCCUGGCAGUCAGUCUACACUCUUCUACGCCAUGAGGACUGUUGUGUGUGUGCUUCUCGCAGUUGCUGGACUAGCGUCCGGCCGAGUGCCAGCCAGUUUCCAGGAUCCUGCUACCCUCUCUGUUGAUGCCUCUCCCGGAGGUCCACCUUCUGCAGGUGCCUCUCAUGGUGCUGCUGCCGCGGCUCCCGCUGCUGCUGCAGGUAGACUGGCUCCCACACAACAGAAUUUGGGCCCAAAUUUCUUCGGUCCAGGACUCAACAACCCGUUGGCCGUCCCUGUCCAUCCCUUGGUGGCACAACAAGCACAGAGGAUAACAGCUGCUAACCCCAAUCUUAGAGUGUUUGUUGACAUUGACGGCUCAGCGCAUUUCACCGACCAGUUCGGCCGAGAAGUUGAGGAAGUUUUGGAUGAAUUUGGCCGCGAUGUCAGUGAUUUUCUGGACAUUGAGGAACUGCAUGAGCAGCUUCUUCGAGCUCAGAGGCAGCAGCUCAACCUGCAGCUGCUUCAGCAGUUCAACACCAACCCCACACCUUUUGACCAGACUGUUGGAGGUGCUGCUAGAUCAGCUGAUAUUGGUGGGGCAGCCAGCGCUGGAGGACAGUCUGCUAUUGGCAACAGAUUUCAACAACGACCAUUUUACACAAUCGUUCUGUAAAGCCUCUUAAAACACCACACUAAUACGACCUUUCGUAGUUGACACCUAGAUGAAUCCAUCUCUUGAUUCCACUCUAACUUUACUUCCCAACACUCUAGCUCACCUGGUCCAUCCUAUCACCUGAUGUUAUACGUAGCCUGAUCCUCUGUUUCAACUCAUCCUUAAUCUAGUUAAGAAAUGCUGGCCACAGGUUCCUGUUGACCUGUCAUCUGAUCCUCCAAGUAACCUGAUCCUCCUUGUAUAUUACCUGUUUCUCUACGUCAACUGAUUCUCCCAUUACCUGAUCCUCUUCCUGUUAUAUUUUUCCCGUUUCUCCGUCACUGUUACCCUCCUCUCUAUCUAACCUUUAUAUUGCUGUUGACCUGUAGCCUGUCUCAAGACUACCUGCAUUUAGUCUAUCCCUCUAUACUAUCCCAUUGCUCUCUCCUAGCAUAGGAUCUUCACCAUUCCAGUGGUUUAGUCCAGUGCGUUGGACACCUGUGUUCAUUGGACACAUG